CCCUGCCCUCUCCACUUCCACUCUUCUCCUCGCUCUCUCAGAUCCGAAAACUUGGGAAGAAGACUCUGGCUGUUCUGAACUUCUGAUCUAUCCAUCUCUCAGUGGUUUUCUGGUAAAAUCGGAGACGAGGGAUGGGGCUGCUUGACAAGCUGUGGGACGACACCGUCGCGGGUCCCCGCCCCGACACCGGCCUCGGCCGCCUCCGCAACCUCGCCUCCCGCCCCGCCGCCGUCAAGAUCAACGAUGUUGCUGCGGACGCGGCGCCCAAGGUUAUCCCGCCCACGACGCCGGCCGGCGGCGAGGACGCGCCGGUGAGGGUCACGCGCAGCAUCAUGAUCAAGCGGCCGGCGGGGUACCCGUCUUCGCCGAGGAGCGCGGCCAGCACGCCGCCAGCCUCGCCGGCUGGAUCCACGCCGCCCAUCUCCCCGUUCGCCGGCGCCGGUGGUCGCUUCAGAAGGAAAUCAUCCUCAGAUGCAUACGAGAGGGCAACACCACCUGGACCGUCGACCAGUCACCCUCCCCCCUUUGAAGUGUGACCUCUCAGCGUGCUCACGCUCGGUUUUGCUCCUCGGCCAGCAUCCACUUCAGGCAAGGCAGAGGAGAAGGAGAAGACAUAACAUCGUCAGAGGAACGAGAGGGUCUGCCUCUCCUGUGAUAUAGUAAUGUAGAUGUCAAUGUGUAGUGUUCUCUUUCUACUAUAUAUGCAGUGCAGGCGUGUAUGGUUAUGUGUAGAGAAGGUGUUGAAAGUUGCUGUUAGUCUACUACUAUGGUGCCUGGAGAUCUCUUCUCUACACAGCAUCUCCUUGGUGUUUCAUCUACUACGGUGCUACCACGAUGCGUGUGGAGGAUGUUGCUGUCUUUGCAAGCUGUAAUGUAAUGUUAAGCAGGGCGUAGAGGUGUGUAAUCUUGCUUGGUGCGGUUAUCUGAAGUACGGAGUAGUCCGCGUUGUUUGCUUGAACUUCUGAAUUGUCUCCGUGUCUUUGGCAUGAUCUCGAGUCAUCACUCA